UCUCUGGUUUUGUUCUUGCUGUCUUCUUGUUAUGUCUUUGGUUCUGUGCUGUGUUAAACAACAACAUAAACAACCAUGUUCUUCUAAACCAAAUUUAUAAUUUACACUAUAAAAUUGUUAAUUUGAAAGUCAAAUAAAGGGAUUAUUUUUGUAUUUCAUUUAGAAAAUGGAAGACACUAAAGACACAGUUUUAUUAGAUAUGAGAAGUAAUGAACUUACAGAAUUAGUCAGUAUUAAUGAAAUAUGUAGAUUAUGUGCCAACCAAAACAAAAAAUUAAUGGGAAUUUAUAGUGCUGAAGGAGAAAAUAACGAUUUAGCCACAAAAAUGAAUUCGUACCUGCCAAUAAAAGUGGAUAAGACUGAUAACUUACCACUUCAGUGCUGUUGGCAAUGUGCUUCAACCAUUCUUGCUUGGCAUGAAUUAUUUGUAACCAGUAUAGAAGCUGAUCGACGGUUAAGAAGUUAUCAGCUUGUUUCUGAAAAGCAGCACCAGACCACCGUUGAUACAAAUUUACCACAAAUUGAGGAGGAAAAUGAAGAAUGCAAGUUGCAAUUAUUGGAUCAAAACCAAUCUGUGUUAGUAGAAAGGACUGAUAUGGAGUAUACUGACAAUUAUGGAGAAUACAUUUCACUUCAACAAGAAUAUCUUCCACUUGAUGCCAUUUAUGAAACUCACACUAAAUCAGAGAUUGAAAUAAGUGACGCGAUAACUUCAGAAAAUAUUAUUAUUGAGCACAAAAUAUUUGAAAAUGAUAAUGACGAUGUUGGUAGUGAUGAUGAAGAUGAUAAUGUUGACAUUGACGAUCCUUCACCCAAACAAGAAACUGAAGAAAUCUGUUAUGGAUGUCAGAUGUGCCAAAUGGUAUUUUUUACAGCAGAAAAGAUGUAUCAGCAUUAUACUGAAAACCACCCAGAUCAGAAACUGAAAGAUGAUUUAAAUAAAGGUAAAAGUAUAGAAAAAAUAGAAAAAAAAGCUCGGAAAAAGAACUCUAAGAUCAAUCAAGAAAUGGUUAAUGAAGCAAAAAUAGUUGUGGAUGGAAAAGUAUACUAUAAUUGCAAAGAGUGUGGAAGAUGUCUUUACUCUCCUUACACUUACAUCUGGCACAUGAGGAUACAUACAGGGGAACGGCCCCACACCUGCCACCGAUGUGGGAAGUGUUUCAGGGUAUCCCAAGGACUAGUUAGGCAUCUAAAAGAAACCCAUGAUGGAAUCAAAACGUUUCCUUGUGACCUAUGUGGGAGAAUGUUUGGAACAAGAAGGAAUGCUGAAGAACAUAGAAGAAUCCAUACAAAUGAAAGACCUUAUGUGUGUGAUUUAUGUGGGAAAUCAUUUAAGCAAAAAGCAUCACUUUACGUUCAUAAUCGAUCACAUAUGGACGUUUUUCCGUUUAAAUGUUCAUAUUGUGAUCAAUAUUUUAGGACAAAACCACCCAUGUUGGUACACAUAACGAAACAUACUGGUGAAAAACCUUACGCAUGUGAUAUUUGUGGUCGUAGGUUUAGAAUAAAAUAUGAACUGAAAAGACAUAGACUGAUACAUUCAGACGAAAAACCCUGGGCGUGUGAAUUGUGUGGAUUAAGGUUUAAGCAAAAGCGGUAUUUAAAGAACCAUAAUAAAUUGAACCAUACUGUGAGUUGAUAGAUAACAAUUGCUUUUAAUAUAAUUUUUUUACAAUAA